AUGGCGCCGACCCAGUCGCUGCCCUCGGCCCCUGCGGGCGCAGCCGACGCGUCUGGCGACACGGCGAGACCCCUUCAGAAACGCGUCCUAGACCUCAACCGCGAGGCGGCGAGCUUGCUGGAGCAGCACAGCUCGGGCACCUCGAAGCGACCCCCUGCGGACGUUCGCCAGAGCCGUGCGGGGGGGCCCUUCGCCCUGCCACUAUCAGUCGAACCACAACUCCGCGAGCAGCGCCCGGCGUGUCCGGCCGAUCUCGACCGCGACCGCGCCCUCACCGUGAAGGUAGGUGAUCCCGCCAUGGCCCGGAACCUGCGCCGGCUCACGAACGAGGACCUAGUCAAGCGCGCUGAGGAACACCGCUGGCUGGCGGCUAUCACGGCCGUCCGACCGACCCUGGCCUCUAUCCAGUUCGUCGCGGCGAAAAUUCUGUGGUCAGGUGACCUGCGGCUCUUCCUCCGCAACGCCAAGGAAGCGGAGAUCGCGCGGACACACCGGGACGCCUGGAUUAAGGGAUUCGGCACCGCCGCACGGGUCGCCCUCGCCUCGUGGGGGGUGGUCGCCGCCGACAUGCCCAGCCAGGCCCUGGGCCCGUUGACCGAGGAAGCGGACCGCAAGCGGAUCGCGCAAGAACUCGUGGCCAAUAACUGUCACACGUGGGGUGAGUCCUGCGAGAUCACGUACGUGGGCUGGCUCGUUCGCCCCUCUCCGGGCAAGAAACGGUCCUCGAUCGUCAUUGAAUUUACCACGCCGUACCACGCGAACCGCGCCAUCAAGGCCGGGACCAUCUGGGACUUCCAGGUCUCGGAGACCGUCCUGUACGACCGGGCGUCUCGCAUUGUACGCUGCAACAACUGCCACCGAUACGGCCACAUAGGAAACAUCUGUCCGAACGAAACCGUCUGUGGCGCGUGCGCCGGCAAGCACUCGACUACUGCUUGCCGCGACCGUGACACCCCCAGGCUUGUGCCGAAAUGCGCCAACUGCGGUGGCGAUCACAUGGCCUGGCACAAGAAGUGA